AGGAAGGAAUGAGGAAGCUCUGCAUGAUAACCAGGAACCAGAGACUUCAGAGGUCUUGUGCAGCUUUGGCUUGGAAACUGAGGAGCUCAGUGAUGCUCUGCUGUUCCUGACCUGCAAGCCCUGGAAUUAAAUCCACUUGGACCUCCCACGGACCGUUUCAAGCUAGUAGGACUUACAUUAGCAGAGAGAGCAGAAUACAGUCCCCAGUACCACCCUCGGCUCCUUCUGGCUGUGUGCAAAGGCGCUGCCAUCCUUGCGGUUGUGAAUCAUAUCUGCCGGCAGAUCACAUGUGCCCCAUCUCCAUGGCGACUUGGGCACUUAAGGUAGAAAGAUGAGCGGAGUAAUGCUGCAUUUGGCCAAUGGAACUUACAGCAUUUCGUGUAACAAGAGUUACAGCAGUAACAGGACUCUGCGAGAAUCUCAAGGACAAACAAACCCAAUUUUUAAGGAUUAUCUCCCUGGUUCUUCUGAUCUACCUGAACAGAAUAAGCAUGUUGAGCCAACAAGUGCUUGGAAGCAAACAUCRCACUCAUACAACUUGCCACCUGGUCUGGAGUACCUGAGCCAGCUGGACCAGAUUAUUAUUCAUCAGCAAGUGGAGCUUCUUGAAGCUUUACUUGGCACAGAGACCUGCAGCAAAUAUGAAAUAAAAAACCAUUUAGGACAAAGAGUUUACUUUGCAGUGGAAGAAAAUAUUUGCUUUGAUCGUAACUUCUGCUCACCUAUAAGAUCUUUCACCAUACGGAUCGCCGAUAACACAGGCCGAGAAGUGAUUACUGUGAAUAGACCCUUGAGAUGCAACAGCUGCUGGUUCCCAUGCUUCCUGCAAGAGUUAGAAGUUCAGUCCCCACCAGGUACAAUAGCUGGGUAUGUUGUCCAGAACUGGGAYCCCUUUCUACCUAAAUUUACUAUACAGAAUGAAAGCAAAGAAGAUGUACUAAAAAUAAUUGGCCCAUAUGCAACUUGUGGCUGUUUUGAAGAUGUUGAUUUUGAGGUAAAAGCUCUCAAUGAAAUGACAACAAUCGGCAAAAUUUCCAAGUACUGGUCUGGAUUUGUGAACAAUGUAUUUACCAACACUGCCAACUUCGGGAUCCAGGUUCCAGUAGACCUUGAUGUGAGAAUCAAGGCAGUAAUGAUUGGUGCUUGCUUCCUUAUUGACUUAAUGUUCUUUGAAAAUUCUUUGGAUGGAUUAUAACAAGAUGAGAGAAACAAUAAAAUAUGCAGAAUGUGUUUCAAAGUCCCCUGAGCUUUGGAUGUGAUUUUGAACUCCGCAGAUCCAUGCUGUCUGUUGGAAAAGAAAAGGAACUACUGAUGAUGCUUAUUAAAAUGUCUCGUGUAAAUAACAAUAUCCCACUUAUGUACAUUGUAGCUGAACAUACACUUUUCAUACAGAGCACUGUUGCUUUGGAGCAGUGUUGUUCUCUUCUUCCUCUUUUGAUGUUUCUGCAUGGGAAAUCAUGAAAGAUUAGACUGAGGCUUGCAGCAUCUCUGAAAGUCUAUGUUUAGAGAACCCUUUGAUGUUCUGCAAGUGCUGGUACCAGUUAUUAACCACGUUGAGGGUGUGUUCUGGGAGUUUUGCUUUGGCAUUUUUAUAAUUCUAGAAGUCAUUUUCUGAUUUGUUAAUUAAUAGUAACAAACUGAGUUUGAUAGUAACAAAUAUAAAGAUAUCACCCAAUGGGAAGUUAAAUACGGUAUCUAUUUAGGGAGUUGUAAGAAGGGAAGAGAGAUUUGCUAGUAAGUUAAUUUUACGGUAAAGGCUUAUUCAAUGAGAGACCCUUAAAAAUAAGGCUUGCAGUGCUAGACUUGAACUAAGCUGUAUUCAAAAAAUGUGGGCUCCCACUGCUUAUGUUGAAGGCAGGCGAACAGGUCUAUGUGCAGGUAGCACAGAAAUCACCAGUGCAGUGUGCUGUGCUGGGAAUGCUUCGUCCCACCCCCUGGGAAAGGCCCCUAAAAGCUUUCUUUUUAUCUUCAUAAUAUCUGGAGAUUAUUAGCUUUUCUUUCAGCCUUGCCUGAGGCCAACCUGGAGCAAACUCCUUUUAGACACAGAAUCAUUCUCUUCUCUUGGCAAACUUGUUUUCUUUUUUUUCCAUGAGGGGGCUGUGAAGCUGUAGAUUUUGUACCUCAGACAGCAUAACCGAAAUAUAGAGCUGUGCCURUAGGUCGGAGCUAUGCAGGUACU